GCGGCUUCCGCGCCAGGCUUCCGCGCCAGGCUUCCGCGUGGUAAGAUUGCCAUUCCACCCAGCGUACACAUCCCAAGCCACCCACUUCUCUUCCUGUGAUGCCCGCCCCGACGUGCUCCUCCUGCCACACGGCCCGAGCCGCCCUCCGCCGCCCGCGCUCCGGGCAGGCGCUGUGCGGCUCCUGCUUCUGCGGGGCCUUUGAGGCGGAGGUGCUGCACACGGUGCUGGCAGGGCGCCUGCUGCCGCGGGGCGCCGUGGUGGCCGUGGGCGCCUCCGGCGGCAAGGACUCCACGGUGCUGGCUCACGUGCUGCGCGAGCUGACGCCGCGCCUGGGCAUCACGCUGCACCUGGUGGCCGUGGACGAGGGCAUCGGCGGCUACCGCGACGCGGCGCUGGAGGCCGUGCGCAGCCAGGCGGCGCGCUGGGACCUGCCGCUCACCAUCGUGGCCUACGCAGAUCUCUUCGGGGGCUGGACGAUGGAUGCUGUGGCCCGCAGCACCGCGGGCUCCGGCCGCAGCCGCUCCUGCUGCACCUUCUGCGGCGUGCUGCGGCGGCGUGCGCUGGAGGAGGGCGCUCGCCUCGUGGGAGCUACGCACAUCGUGACAGGCCACAACGCUGACGACAUGGCGGAGACGGUGCUCAUGAACUUCCUGCGUGGUGACGCCGGGCGGCUGGCCCGGGGUGGAGUGCUGGGCUCCACGGGCGAGGGGUGCGCCCUGCCCCGGUGCCGGCCUCUGCAGUUCGCCUCGCAGAAGGAGGUGGUGCUUUACGCGCACUUCCGCCGCCUGCGCUACUUCUCCGAGGAGUGUGUGUACGCCCCGGAGGCCUUCCGAGGUCACGCCCGCGACCUGCUCAAGCGCCUGGAGGCGGCCCGGCCCUCGGCUGUGCUGGACCUCGUGCACUCCGCCGAGCGCCUCGCUCUGGCCCCCGCUGCACGGCCUCCUCCUCCAGGCACCUGCUCCCGCUGCGGGGCGCUGGCCAGCCACACGCUCUGCCAGGCCUGUGCGCUCCUGGACGGCCUCAACCGAGGCCUGCCGCGCCUGGCCAUCGGCAAGGGCCGCCGUGUGCUGCAAGCCGAGCCGCCAGCAGCGGGCAACCCGGGUCGGGCCACCAGUAACCCUGGAGCCCCACCGAAACCCUGCUCCUGCAAGCAACCCACAGACGAAGCCGGCCUGUGCGGGGGUGGAGAGGACCGGCCAGGAGCCACCUGUGUCUUACAGAGUGACCUGAGCGCCGCUGCGGAGUGACCUGAGCCCUGUGCUCUACCUUGCCCCGCGCCCUGGGAAGUGAUUGUGCCCUGCAGUGCCCCGCGCCCUGGAGGGACUUGUGCACCGUGAAGUGACUGCUCUUCGGUGCCCUGAGCUUCCGGAGCGACCUGUGUCCUGUUGGACCUGCGCUCUGCCGGCUGCCCUGCUUCCCUGUGGAGUGGCUGCACCCUGUAGAUUUACUGUCCAGUGCCCUGCAACCUGAGCCCUGUGAAGUGUCCACCCGGUGAAGGGACAUGCGCUGUCCAGCAGCCUGAACCUUGAAGUUGAGGGAGCCCCAGGCUACCAGGUCUGAGGGAGAACAGACCAACAAUCGUGCAUUCCUUGCACCUCUGUGGGGUCUCUGUGGGCUUAGGAUAGCCCUGGCCCUCAGUUUUGUUUCCCCAAGGGAGGCAAACAAAGUCACGUGAGUAUUAGAAACAUAUUCACAAUCAUCACUUUGCCCCUUUCAUCAAGACUUAGCUCUUGCUCCUAAGGGAAUCAGAGAACGUUUAUUCUGAACCAGAUGGGAGCAUCCAUGGCUGGGUGCAUGAAUUGAGGUUGCCGCAGAAGCAGUUACACAAAUAUUUACAGCCCUAAAACAAUAAAAAGUCAUUAAUCAAGACAUGGGCCAAAUACGCUGGGCGGACCUCAGACGGGCUCCAGCAAGGCUGGGGAAAUUCCUUCUGUGAGUCUCACACUAGCCGAUGACCUUCUUAGCCUGUCAUCUGCUGAGUUCACACAUUCCAAACCAAAUUUCUGUGGUUUUCACGCGGUUGUUGGGUCACUCUCCUGGCCUUCCGUUUUUGCUUUUAUUUUGUCAGCGUGACACAGGUUGGGAUCGUCUGGGAAAAUGGCCUGUAGGCAAGCCUGUGUGGCAUUUUCUCAAUUGAUGGUUGAUGUGGAAGGCCCAGCCCACUGUGAGCAGUUCAGUCCCUGGGCAGGUGGUCCUGGGCUGCAGGCUGGGCAAGCCGGGCAGCAGUGUUCUCCAUGGCCUCUGCCUUAGACCCUGCUCUGUAAUGGAGUGUGACCUGAGAGAUGUAAGUUGAAAUAAAACCUUUCCUCCCCACA